AUGUCAGCCGGGGGCGCGCAUCUCAAAGAUGAAGGUACCAAGCGACAAGUGGUACUGGCCGGCGGAGCCGCAGGGCUGAUCUCUCGCUUUUGCAUUGCGCCGCUCGAUGUCGUCAAGAUCCGCCUGCAGCUGCAGAUUCACUCCCUGUCGGACCCGGUCUCGCACCGGACGGUGGUUGGGCCCGUAUACAAGGGAACACUAUCAACGAUGCGGGAUAUUGUGAAGCAAGAGGGAAUCACGGGUCUAUGGAAAGGCAACAUACCCGCAGAGAUGAUGUAUGUCUGCUACGGAGCCCUUCAAUUCACCGCAUACCGAGCUACGACCCAAGCACUGGAGCAAUUGGGUCCCUACCGACUCCCGCAAUCCGCCGAAUCCUUCGUCUCCGGUGCCGUAGCCGGAGGAAUCGCGACGGCGACAACAUACCCGCUCGACCUACUUCGCACACGCUUUGCUGCCCAGGGACCAGAACGGAUUUAUCGAUCGCUGGGAUCGUCAGUGCUAGAGAUUGCGCGACAAGAGGGAGCCGCCGGGUUCUUCCGGGGAUGCUCAGCGGCCGUCGCCCAGAUUGUACCAUAUAUGGGAUUGUUUUUCACCGCAUACGAAGGGUUCCGUCCUACGAUGGCCCAGUGGGAUUCUUUACCGUUCGGGACUGGUGAUGCCGCGUCUGGUGUUUUGGCCAGUGUCAUCGCGAAGACUGGUGUGUUUCCCUUGGACUUGGUGCGGAAGCGUUUGCAAGUGCAAGGCCCAACGCGGACUCGAUACGUGCACCGCAACAUUCCUGAAUACACCGGAGUCGUGCAGUCUAUCAAUUUGAUCUUGCGCACGCAGGGAGUGCGGGGAUUGUAUCGCGGGUUGACUGUUAGCUUGCUCAAGGCUGCGCCGGCCAGCGCCGUGACGAUGUGGACCUAUGAGCGGGUCUUGAGAUUGCUCCAAGAGACACAACUGGCGGCAUUGGAUUGA